AUGGACCCUCUUAGUGUUACCGCAAACGUGAUCACGGUAUUACAGGUCGCCAACUCCAUUAUAACAAUAUGCUACGAAGUCCGUUCAGCUCUCAAGCAGAGUCCUUGGUCCCUCACCAGAACCAUCGACGAGAUAAGAGACCUUCGAAAUGUGUUGGAGAGCUUGGAACAGGUCUGCCGCGCGCUCGACACAUCAAAAGAGUCUAACGCAGCACGUUUCCGCACAUUCCAACUACUAUGCGAGUCCGAGACCAGCCCGUUAAGUCGCUGCCUGCAGGAGCUAUUGGAUCUAGAGAAGAAGAUCAACUCCGACAAGCAGACUCCUGGAAGGUCAACUCUGUUGGCGAAAGCGCGAGUGUUCGCCCAGGUUAUGGGCUGGCAGCUAAAAGAAGGUGACGCGAAAAUGACCAUCUCUCUGAACGAGACCACGGCCCAUGUGCAUGGCAAUGUUUCCAAGCUCCUCACUAGGAUAGAGAGCGCAGAACUAGAUGAUCGAUCCCGAGCUCUUACACAUUGGCUUGCUCCAGUAACGCCGUGGGAGAGUCAUGAAGCAGCCGCUUCUGCAAGGAGAUCUGGAACAGGCGGCUGGUUCAUCGAGUCGAAGGUGUUUCAAGCCUGGGCUGUCUCUGGCAAUGCUGGACUAUGGCUGAGCGGCUUUCGUAUGUAA